CAACAAUGACUUCUGUAUUAGAGCCUAACAGAUUCUCAAAUCACCACGACUGGGCUGAAAGAGCUAUCGAACAUUCUUGAAAGAUAGGUAAAGGAAGUACAGAGUGGAAAAUUGAAAUAGAUCAGAUCUUAGAUGAGCCUUCCGAAUAUCUUAAAACUCUUAUGAAUAAGCAGACUACUGGUUGUAACAAGGUAGAACCUUGAAACUGCGGAGGACUGUAUUGUGAAAGAUACCUCAUAGAGUUCCCUUCAAUUACUAUGCAUACAUUGAUAUAAGUGCCAAGCUUGAUAAAGCUAAUAUAAAGUACAAAGAAAUUCGCCCGAAGUCAAGCAAAAAAGCUUCUAAGAAUAAUACUGUAUCCUGCAAUAGUGAAAUAUUCAAUUGAAAUGGAUGCUUUUCCAGAUCUCAGCUCUGGGACUUAGCAAGCAUCAUUCCUUAUGCAGUGUUUUGUAUAGGACUUUUUAAUAGUGUUUUGUGAGUCCUGUUCCUAAAUAUCGAUCUACACUUGAGGAUCCCGCUAGCGUUUCUCAUCAUCAUAUUAUUUUUCUGAAUUUCAGUCUGCACACAGAAACUUAUUCAGACUUGUAUCCAGAAUACCACAAUCGACUCAAGGUCAUGGGGAGAUAAGUCCCAAGUCUCCAAGCAAAAUUUUAAGAAAAUAGCCAACAACAUACUCCACUCAAAGAGGCUUGACCUUACUCUACACUGACGUUGUCAGGAAACACUAGUCCAGCCUGAUUUGGAAAGCAGCCAGCAAGAUAACUCAAUCUCAAAUCCAGAAUUUGAUGACCAUGAGAGCGAAGAGUUCCAAGAGAACUCGCAUGUCCCUCUCCAGAAGAAGAAUAUCUACCAGGAUUUGCACCAAGAAGGAUCUCCGACUGAUUUGAGAGAGGCUCAACAUGAAUCAGAGGAAGAUAAGGAAGCUCAAAUUAUUGAAGGUCCUCAGCGAGCCCAGCCAUCUAAGAAGUAUAGGAUCAAUGUGAUCUCUAAUAAAGAAGAUAAACUAGCUGGAAAGCGCAAGUCAAUAUUAAAGAAGAACAACUUCUUCAUAAAAUGUUUUAAAACAGGCUAUCCCCCAAACAACUCUGUGCUUAAGUUUCAGCAGUGGGAUGACCAAAAUCGAGAGAAUUUUUGGUGGCAAAAUCGGCUGCAUAAGCUCCAAAAGAUGAUUGAGAAGACAACCAUUGAGGAUACCCAUAAGUCUUGGACAAACGCUAGACUGCACGACUCGGUAUUUAGUUACGAAUCUAUGGGAGCCAAGAAUGUGAAGGAAGAUGCUUCCAAUAUUAUGAAUAAAAACCCAAACAUCAUUACUAGCAAAAGUGCGACUUCUAGCAGACUUUAUUCCAAGAAGGAUUAAAGGAAAAUAUCUUGAACAGCUCUAGGAUUGUGAAUCAAAUUACUAAAAUUUUGCCUUCAGAGAAACAAAUCGGAUUACAAAAAUCUCUAAUAUUGCCAAAGAGCAAGAAAAAUUCAGCAUCUCAACUACUUAUCAAAGCUCUAAAAGGUCGUAGGCUAGAAUACACUAAGAGAGAAGAAAAGCCACAAAAAACUAGCGGAGAGUCAGCCAGAGACACCCCUGCUAGUAUCAAAAUUGAUACUCUUGUAGCAGGUGGUCAAAGUCAGUUCUCCAGAAAGAAGAAGCAAAAUUUCCGUUCAGCUAAAAUGAAAGAUGUAAGCAUCAGGAGCAUACUUCAACAGAUAGAAAAGGAGGAUAAUACUGAAUCUAGCCAUUUGAAAGAUAUUGACACUCCCUUUGAAUCUAUAGAUAGCUCAAUGAGCCAACAUGACUUGGACGAAAAUAGAAGCAGUGCAAAACAUCAAACUUUAGCUAUAAGUAUUACAGCCAGCCCUGAUAAAAUAUCUAAGCCCCAUAGUCGCAUAUAAGAAUACUGGCCGAAGCUCAAUUUGGCAGAAAUGAUAGCUCAUCUUGUGAUAUAACGAGUCUUUUAAACCUAGCAUCGCCAAAGAGGCUAAUUUUUUGAAUAAAAUUAAAGCUUGUGCAUAACAAAUAUUCAAA